CACAACAGAGCUCUGGUGCCACACCAGACUACAAAUCCCAGGAUCCCCUAGCAUUCAUCCAUGGCAGUUAAAGCAGUCUCAAACAUAAUAUCAUUAGCUAACAUUUCAAGUUAAUAUGUAAUACUUGGAGUUGAUAUAUAACAGUUGGAUGAAGGAACAUUAACAAUUUAGACACCAUUCUCUGCAACUAGCAGGGAAUAUCAAAGACUCGCAAGGAUGGCUGAAGUAUGUCAAGGAAGAAAGCGCAAAGGCGGGUUCACGGCUGAACAUGACGAAAACGAAAUCAUGACCACAGAUUAUUUAUGUAACUUUAAAGUAGGGUGAUGAAGACAGCGAAAUAGUUAAGGAUUUCCCAAACUUUGGCUUAGUUAUUCAAUCAGAAUGGAGUUGAGGAAUCACAAGGAAACUGUGACUUGGAAGGACAGCUGUGAAAGAAUGAGACGAAAUCCUCCAGGGAAAACAUAUAUAUCAUUGAAUGCCCAAAGACAAGAUUGUCCACACCGUCGUGUUUCCAAUCCUUUUAAUGUACGGUUGUGAAAUUUGGACAGCGAAGAGAGCUGAUAAGGAGAAAACUUAUUCAAAAUGUCGUGCUGCAAAAAGGUUUUACAGAUACACCGGACUGCCAGAAAGACAAAUGUAUGGCUCUUAAAGCAAAUGAAAUCUGAAUUCUCCCUAGAAGCCAAGAUGGCUAGACCAAGACUAUCGUACUUCAGACAUGAGUCCCUAGAAAAAGACAGUAAUGCUUGGUAAGGUCAAAGGCAGUAGGAAAAAAGGAAGAGCGUUUUAACAAAACGUUCUGGAAUGAGCGUGAAAGAUAAAGCUAAGCUGCAGCUGAAGAAAUUUGACAUCGGAGACAGGUUUUCCCAUUUCCCAGGGGGAAAAGCCUCCGUUCUUCUGCCGCUGAUGGUUAAAGAUGGAAAACUACAUCUUCUUUUCACUGUCAGAUCAAUGAAGUUGAGAAGAUCACCAGGAGAAGUGUGUUUUCCAGGAGGAAGAAGUGAACCAACAGACAAAGAUGAAAUAUCCACAGCUCUACGUGAAGCUCAGGAAGAAGUAGGGCUGCAUCCUGAACAGGCCGAAGUCAUCUGUAGACUUGUGCCACUAAUAGACAGAACCGAUUCAUUGGUAACUCCAGUUGUAGCCUUCAUAGAAGAUACGUUUCAAGCCCGUCCGAAUCCCGAAGAAGUGAGUGAUACAUUUUUUGUACCGCUGGAGUAUUUUAUUCGUCCUUCAAAGUAUAAUGUCGUAACUAUACAAAUAAACGGACUUCCGUACUUGGUGCAUUCCUUUGAAUAUGAUGAUCCAGAGCGUAAGACUUCUUUCAGAAUAGUGGGACUCACAGCAAACUUUGCGGUGUUCCUUGCUCUUGCAAUUUUUGGAGAGAAACCAACAUUUGAAGUUCAGUACGAUCUUGACAACUUGAAUUCUUCGGCUAUGGACUCUUUCCUGCCGCAGUACGAAAGGGUAAAAAGCAAACUUUGACUUGUGGAAUUGUUCGUUUUUCCCACUGAAACUUAUCUUCCAACUGAAACACAUUUUUUUUUUUUGGUUUCAAUACAUUCCCUUAAAUUAUAAUUGUAAAUGGUUACAAUUACAGUUUUAGGAAUCCAUUUUUAAGAUAUUCAUGUCUUAUAUGAAAUAAAAUAUAUUGAUCAG